AUAAAAGAAUUAUUGUCUUCGACGCUAAAACUUCAAAAUGGACUUCCUGAAGCGGAUGUGAAUUUCAAACCUAUUCAAGAUGAUUUGAACAAGAACGGUCCGAGCAAAGAAAUGAAAGGUGCUUUGAAAGUUUUGAACCAUUCUCUGAAGAAAACAUCAGCCACUAUAUUACCAAGGACUCAACUAAAGCAAGCAAUAGAUAUUGUCCGAGAAGAAUGGUUUAAGGUGGCGAGUUCGAGGAAUUGCGCCGGCCACCUUGUAAGGAACUAUGUCAACUGGUUCACUUCAUACUCGCCGGUUUUAUUGGAAUUUAUAAUCAAUAUGACAGACGCUGCGGGAAAUACUGUAUUACACUAUGCGAUUUCUCAUGGAAAUUUCGACGUCGUAUCAACCAUAAUAGAUACAGGCUUAUGUAAUGUAAACUUGACUAAUGACGCGGGAUAUUCGAGCAUCAUGCUAGUUUCAUUGGCCGAAAUAAAAAAUGACGCCGAAAUGAAAAUCAUUAAAAGACUGUUCCAAUGCGGUGAUGUAAAUCUGCAGGCUCAAAAGCAUGGCCAAACGACACUAAUGUUAGCAGUGUCUCAUGGUAAAACUGAAGUAGUCAAAUUACUCUUGGAAUGUGGAGCUGACCUUAAUAUGCAAGACGAAGACGGCAGUACAGCUUUAAUGUGCGCCGCCGAACAUGGUCUACAGGAAAUCGUCAAUAUACUAUUGUCUUGUCCCGAGUGCGAUGUAUUAAUCGCUGACAAUGACGGAAGUACAGCACUUAGUAUUGCUAUGGAAGCAGGGCAUAAAGAAAUAGGUAUAGCUCUGUAUGCUAAACAACAUAUAUUAUCCAGAGAAAAUUCACCAUUCAAUCUGUCAAAAACGAAAAGAUCAAGAAGUGCAAAUACUGUGAUGCCUUCUACUUUAUCUUACUCACAUUUAUCACUGAAAAAAUCACAAAGUCUACAGCCCCGAGAAUAUGCAACUUUAUCUUCCAUGUUAAAAACCAGGACUCCUUAACAAUCUUCUCUUUAUAUAUAUAUUACUUAAUUAACCUAAUAGGAUGUCUAUUUAAACUUUAUUAUAAAAUGAUUAGCAUCAAACUUUUUUUGUUAUUUUCAACAUUUUUAAUAUUAUAUUAUGUAAAUUUCACUGUGGGGAUCAUAAACCCAUAGUAAGUCAAAAUAAAAACAAUGUAUAGCUAUGUCAUUGCCAAAUAUCUAAUACACAUAGCAACAAUAAAAUAAAAUAUUUAAGUAUAAUUGUUAUUAA